GAAGACACAGUCCAGUGGUUUAGAUCAGUGGUGAAACCCAAAGUUGCUAACUCUUUCUUUGCUUCCUCAGGAGAACAAACGGCAGAAAAGCCGAAUUUAAGGGUAUAUAUUCAUUCUCGUGCACUCUCCCUUCUAUCCUGUGCUAUUUUGCCAUUUAAAUUUCGCUUUAGAUGAGCCUAAGAAAAGCCGAAUCUCACUCCGGCCUCCAGCCUUCUCUCCUUCCUUCGGGUGUCUUCUUCUUUCUACUCAUCCUUGUCUUCUUACUCGCCACGACCACUGAGGCCGACUGUAGCUUUCCGGCCAUUUUCAACUUUGGGGAUUCAAAUUCCGACACAGGUGGGUUUUGGGCGGCAUUUCCGGCUCAGCGAGCUCCCUUUGGAAUGACUUACUUCAAGAAACCUGCAGGCCGUGCUUCAGAUGGAAGAGCAGUGAUCGAUUUCUUAGCUCAGGCUCUGGGCUUGCCGUUUCUGAGCCCUUAUCUGCAGUCCAUUGGAUCGAACUUCAGCCACGGCGCUAAUUUUGCGACGGCGUCUUCGACGGUGCUGCUGCCCAGCUUAUUUGUAACAGGGAUAAGUCCUUUCUCCUUGGCGAUUCAAUUAAAUCAAAUGAAUGAGCUCAGAGUACGGGUCUUCGAAAUGAGCCCACAAGGACCAGGCAAUUGCUAAGGCAAUAUAAAUUGCAUUAUACCUCAGACACGCCAUAGGCUGUGCCAAUGGCACAUCAGCAAGAAGGCGUCAUUCAAGGUGUGGUGCUUUAAUAGCAACAACAAUGUUUGAGACAUUUUUUAUAUAUGUUUAAGCAAGUGCGAUUCUGAGGAGGAGUUCGAGAGAACCUGGGCUAAAAUGAUCAACUAAGGGACCUCCACAACCAUGUCUGAUUGAAGAAGCUUUACCAAAUAAGGAACAAAUUGUCUACAUCAUUCAAUAAGAGCUGUAACCUUGGCAUUUUUUCUACACAACUUAGCAAAUUCACUAACAAUGUGUGUAAUGGCAUUUCUAAGCCAAUAAGUUUUAUAACUGAUUAUUUUCUAUGCUUUGAGAAGA